AUGCAAGAUACCGAGUAUACAAAUGAAUGGAUUAAUUGGAUUGAAGAAACUGUUGAUAAGGAAUAUUUAAAACUUUAUGAAUAUAAACAAUUUAAUAAUAUUCAACAUAUUGGUACUGGAAAAUUUGGAAGCGUAUAUCGUGCAAAUUGGAAAAAUUCAGAAACCCAAUUUGCGUUAAAAUCUUUUUUUAAUCUUGAUAACAUCACCAUGAAAGAGAUCAUUCGUGAGUUAAAAAUUCAGCGUGAAGUUGAUUUUCAUAAUAACAUUAUUCGUUGUUAUGGAAUAACGAAACUUGAGUCAGAAAAUCAUAAUAAUUACCAGUUAGUGAUGGAAUAUGCUAACGGUGGUACUCUUCGAAGUUAUUUGAAAGAAAAUUUUAGUAAGCUUACUUGGAAUGACAAAUAUAAUAUGGCAUACCAGUUAUCUUGUGCUGUAUCGUACUUACAUAACAAAGAAAUUGUGCAUUAUGAUUUGCACUCCUGUAGUAUAUUAGUCCAUAAUAAUACAAUUAAAUUAUCGGAUUUUGGAUUAUCCAAAAGAAUUGAAGCAUCAUCCAAUUUUCAAUCUAAAUUGUUUGGGAUGGUUCCUUAUGUCGAUCCAAAAAGCUUUAGUAGACAAGGAAAUAAUAAUAACCAAUCAAUACAGAUGUACACAUUAAAUGAAACAAGUGAUAAUUACAGUAUUGGUGUAUUAUUAUGGGAGAUAUCUAGUGGGCGACCUCCCUUUUAUGUUGAGGAUGAACAAUAUGAUAUUGAUUUAGCUUUGGAAAUUUCGCAAGGUCUUAGAGAAACUAUUGUUCCUGAUACUCCUAAUGAAUAUGUUAAAGUCUAUACUAAAUGUUGGGAUGGGGAACCAGAUAAUCGUCCAACGAUAUAUCAAGUAGUUGAUUGGCUAAACGGCAUAAUUAAAAAAACAGAUAUAAUAUUAAAAAAUCAUCAAAUAUCAAAUAAAGAAGCUUGUUUAAGUAAUAAUAAUUCAGAAUCACAAGGAGAUUUAUCUCAACUUAUUCAAGAUUUUGAUAGAAUUAAUAUAAAAGAAGUUGAUCCUAUGGUAAUAUUAAGUAAACAAGCAAUUGAAGAUUAUAAUAUUAUAGUUGAUGAAAUAAAUGAUUUUAUUUUUAGAUUAAUGAAUAAAGGAUUUGAAAGAAAUUCAGUGAAACAGAAAGUUAUAGAAUAUUUUAAUAAUCAUAAUAUAAAUUCACAAGAUAUUUAUAAUUGGUUAUUAAGUAAUCAAAAUAGUUUAAAUUCUAUUUUUUUACUUGGAUAUUUUAAUCAUUAUGGUAUUGUAAUAAGUGAAAAUAAUGAGAAAGCAUUUAAUUUAUUUAUUAAUGCAUCAGAAAAAAAUCAUUUAUUAUCACAAUAUUUUACUGGUCAUUGUUAUUUUCAUGGAUAUGGAACGGUUAAAAAUGAAAAAUUAUCUUUUGAUUAUUAUGAAAAAGUGGCUAAUGAAAAUUUUUCAAGUGGUCAAUUAGGAGUUGGUUAUUUUUAUAAAAAAGGAAUAAGUGUUGAAAAAGAUUAUCAAAAAGCUUUUUAUUGGUAUGAAAAAGCUGCAAAUAAUGGUAAUAUAAUAGCAAUAUAUAGUCUUAGUAGAUUUUAUGAAGAUGGAAUUUUUGUUGAAAAAGAUUAUAAUAAAGCUUUUGAAUUAUAUAAGAAAUCAGCUGAAGGAGGUUAUCCAGAUGGAAUAACAAUGUUAGGAUAUUGUUAUUAUAAAGGUAUUGGAACUACAAUUGAUAAACAAAAAUCAUUUGAAUUAUAUCAAAAUGCUGCAAAUUUAGGAAGUAAUACGGCACAAUAUAAUCUUGCUUUAAUGUUUGAAGAAGGAGAUGGAAUUACAAAAGAUAUAGGAAAAGCAAUUUAUUGGUAUGAAAAAUCUGCCGAACAAGGUGAUCUAGAUGCACAAAUUAAAUUAAAGACAUUUCAAGAUGAUCAAUAA